UGUAUUCCCUGUGGACUUGAAAUUAUUUAUGGCCUACGGAAAGUGAUUUUUGCAUUUUUAAGUGAGCUCAAGCAUUUGAUUCCAUUUGAGAGAAGCAGCAGCCUUUGCUUGUGAGACAAUAUAUCUAAAUUCCAAGUGAGAGGAGGAUAUAAAAUGACCGACCACCAUUCAGCACAUCCAAACGGGGAGGAGGUGAUUGGGGACAUCUACUUGUCCCUGCUUUCGCGACAUGCGCACAGAUAUCCGGAGGAUGGAAGCCACAAGUCGUGGGUCCUGCCGCGCAUGAUGGUUCUGUUCGCCAGUGGGGACAUGGAUCAGGUUAUAGACGCCAUAGUCGCGGACAUGAUCCACCCGAUUGGCACUGAACUGGUGGCCAGUGUUCUGGUCGAGGAGUCCAUACGGGACGAGAUGAUUAAGAAAAUCCGAGCCAACUUGAAGCCGAUGAGCGAACGCAUCCAACACCAUCCCAAUUACCUGAAGACAGUGAAGCUCAUCGACCGCAUGAACUGCUCCACCAUUCACAUCGAGGAGUUCGAGGAGUCGGAUACGAAGAAGCGCUAUGGUCGCCGGAUGAAGGGAUCCCCUCUGAUAGUCUUGGAUUUUCCCCAAUUCUAUUUCGGCGACAAACCCACCGCCGUAAUGACUUUGAGCACCUUCCGCAAUAUGAAUGAAGUGGUUAAGUUGCAUUCGCGCGAAGGUCUGAACUUUGACAGUAUUUCCGUGUGGUCAGCCAAGUUGGCCCAGUGCUUCGACCUGCUCACCAGGGUGCACAAGGUGGACCAGUGGACCUUCAACUGCACCAAGGAGUCCAUCAAGGUACCAAAACUGCCAGCUCAACCGACCACCACAGUUAUGAUCGUCAAAAACAUUCACUAUGAAGUCCACGUCAUUGGCGGAAAGAUCAAAACUAUAGCGUUUCCAAUCGUAGAUACAUCAUGAGCUGUGCUUUUAUAAAUGUAUUCCAAGGUAGUAAGA